AUGCAUAUCAAUCAGCUCGCUAUCAUUGUGACAUCGCUCGCCAUCGGCAGCGUGUCGCAGUUCACAGACUGCAGCCAGUUUGGCAGCGGUUUCGGCUACAUCUGCAGUCGCGAUGGAUCUACGGUACGAUACUGUCAGCCCGAUCAAUCGCCUCAGGUUGUCGACUCCCAGUAUUGCGACUAUGGCGAUUGUCAGACGAACCAAAGUUCAGGCUCCUGCUACUAUGGCGUCGGCAACCGUAACAGGGCUCGCGGUCCUACAGACUGCUCGCAGGUUAACGCUGAUGGAGGAUACAUCUGUAGCUCUGACUACAGGACGCUGUAUCAAUGUUCAGGCUUUGACAAGGCCCAGGUGGAUUACUGUCCUGAUCGAAGCUGUUUCGCGUCGACUACCGGUGAUCACGGAGAGUGUGUGGGCAAGAACUAG